CUUUAACGGAGCACGCUCUACCAUUGUGCAGCACGCCUCGUCGCGCUCCGCUGCCAACACCACCUUUCUCGCCAGAGUCGCGAGAAACGGACCUUUCCCUCAACACAUUACUUCUUGCCAGACAGCCCUCCUAAAAUGGGUGACAAUACCUGGGUGCCUCAAGAGCAGAUACUGCUUCAGCUUUCUGAUGUUAUUGGCAAGUCGAUAUCGGAAAACUCGCAAUUGAGAAAUGAAGCGUUAAGUUUGUUGGAAAAUGCAAAAACGCUGCCAGACAUAAACAAUUACCUUCUUUAUAUCCUGGUACAUGCCAAAGAACUCGGCGUGUCCAUUCGUUCGGCCGCUGGUCUGUUACUUAAAAACAAUGUCCGUGUUGAUAAUCUCGACGUAAAAGCUGGCUUAAGCGGACUCGCAUACGUAAAAUCAUCUAUUCUGCAAGGUCUGUUUGACGACGAGCAACUUAUUCGAGGCAUUUCAGGAAAUGUUAUUACUACAAUCAUUAGCCGUUGGGGCAUCGGCUCAUGGUCUGAGGUCCUGCCACAGUUGAUGGACAUGCUUGUUGGCCCUUCUGCUAUCGCUCAAGAGGGUGCUUUCAGCGCCUUGACAAAAAUUUGCGAGGAUUCUUCUCGCGAACUCGACCGGGAUUUCAACGGCACUCGUCCUUUAGACUUCAUGAUUCCCAGAUUCAUUGAACUUUGCCGGUCCGAAAAUCCUCGCAUGCGUACAGACGCACUCUUUUGUCUGAACCAAUUCAUUCUUAUUCAAUCACAAAGCUUGUAUGCACACAUUGAUUCUUUUCUGGAAACUUGUUACGGUUUGGCUACGGAUCCUUCUCCUAACGUUCGUAAAAACGUUUGUCAAGCAUUGGUCUUCCUACUUGAUGUCCGUCCUGACAAAAUUGCUCCUUCUCUCGGAAGCAUCGUCGAGUACAUGCUCUACUCAACGCAAGACCAAGACCAGUCUGUGGCUCUCGAGGCUUGCGAGUUUUGGCUGGCCAUUGCGGAACAACCUGACUUGUGUCCUUCGUUGGUUCCUUAUUUAGACAAAAUCGUGCCAAUGCUUCUCCGUGGUAUGGUGUAUUCAGACAUGGACAUUCUGUUGCUCGGUGAUGACGCUGAUGAUUAUAAUGUUGAGGACAAGGCAGAAGACAUUCGUCCUCAACACGCAAAGGGCAAGACUCGCUUGACUACUGCUGAAGGUCAUGUCGGUGGUAUGGAGCAAGAUGGAUUGGAAGAUUUGGAAGACGAUGAUGAAGAUGACUUUGAAGACGACGAAGAUGAUGAUGCCUACAUGGACUGGAACCUGCGUAAGUGUUCUGCUGCCGCCUUGGAUGUGUUGUCGUCUGUGCUGAAACAACAACUGUUCGACAUAACUCUGCCAUACUUGAAGGAACAGCUUUUGUCCAAUGACUGGAAGGUUCAAGAGGCCGGUGUCUUGGCUUUGGGUGCUAUUGCUGAAGGCUGCAUGGAGGGAAUGGUCCAGUUCCUUCCCGAGCUUUAUCCUUACUUGAUCUCUUUGCUCGACAGCAAGAAGCCUUUGUUGCGUACUAUUACAUGCUGGACUCUUGGUCGUUACUCUCGUUGGGCUGCUACCCUUCAAUCACCCGAAGACCAUCAAAAGUAUUUCGUUCCUUUGCUUCAAGGUCUGCUUCGUAUGAUUGCUGAUAACAACAAAAAGGUUCAAGAAGCUGGUUGUUCGGCUUUUGCAAACUUGGAAGAGCAAGCUGGUUCCACCCUUAUUCCUUAUUUGGAGCCUAUUUUAACAAAUCUUGUACUUGCAUUCCAAAAAUACCAACGCAAAAAUCUUCUCAUUCUUUACGAUGCUAUCCAAACAUUGGCAGAUGUUGUUGGCCCUGCUCUGAAUAACAAACAUUACAUUGAUAUCUUAAUGCCUCCCUUGAUCCAAAAAUGGGCUACUAUCAGUAACGAGGAUCACGAUUUGUUCCCCUUGUUGGAGUGCUUUUCCUCAGUGGCAGUUGCUUUGCAUGAAGGUUUCGCCCCUUUCGCACCAGAGACUUUUGGUCGUGCAUUCAAUAUCCUUCGUAGCACUUUGUUCAUGAUUGAUGCCGCUAAGACUGAUCCUACCGUCGAGGCCCCUGACAAAGACUUUUUGGUUACUACCCUUGAUUUAAUUAGCGGAGUUAUUCAGGCUUUGGGCAACCAAGCUGAGCUACUUGUGUCUCAAUGUGACGUUCCGCUUGGUCAGAUCAUCGGCGUGUGUGCUAAGGACGAAGUUGCUGAGGUUCGUCAAUCGGCUUAUGCUCUGCUUGGUGACAUGGCCAUGUUCUGCUUCAACUAUGUCCGCCCCUAUUGCGAUGCCUUGCUUACAGAUAUGCUUCCUCAAAUGCAGCUUCCAUUAAUACAUGUCAGCACUUCCAACAAUGCCAUCUGGUCCGCAGGCGAGAUCGCAUUGCAGCUCGGCAAAGACAUGCAACCUUGGGUAGAGCCUAUCCUUCAAAACUUGGUGUGCAUUCUGCAAGCUCCUAAAUUACACUCCACUGUUUUGGAAAAUGCCGCCAUCACCAUCGGUCGACUUGGUCUGUUUAAUGCGGAGCUUGUUGCUCCUCAUUUGAAGCUGUUUUACAAUCAAUGGUUCGCUAUCAUGCACGAUGUAUAUGAGAAUGAGGAGAAGGACUCUGCUUUCCGCGGUUUCUGCACGAUUAUCGCCUACAACCCUCAAGCACUCUCCUUCCUUCUUCCACAGUUUGUGAACGCUGCUGCGCUGUACGAAAAGCCCUCAGCCGAGCUUCACGAUAUGUUUCAAAAGAUUCUUCACGGCUCUUUGAGCAUGUAUAAUGACAAAAGUGCAUGGCAAACGACGCCUGAAAUCACUGCACAGGUCGAACGCAAGUAUAACUUGUAAUCGCUGUUUAAUGUGCAGAACACUUCAGAUUGCAAAAACUGACAUAAAACUAUCUAUUCGCCGGACUCGCGGAACUUUUGUUUGUUUGUACAAGGGUAUACUCAUUUGUUAAUUUACCUGCUUUGAACACUUAGACGUAAAACAUAAUCAUACCAGCAAGCAUUUUGGGCUUAUUCCAAUGGUCGCAAGGCGCGACCAGAAGUCAACAGGGAGGUAACUACAGUCAUCCCAUCGCAAAUAACAUUCAUAGAUAUUACCAAUUAACUAUCACAUGUCUGAAUGAGGCACCUGAUUGCCUUGUAAGGUCACCUUGUUUCCACUAAUUCGAUUCGCAACCGUCGCUCCUGGAAUGGCUGCGUCAAUUGUGCGUGUCAUGGGCAGUUUGAAAGUUUUAAGAUUUAUGUCAAAGAUGUGCUGUGAGUGAGA